AUAUUUCUUUUCUUUUUUUGCAUUAUUUAAUAGAUUGUAGACAAAUAAUUAAUUCAAUAAAGAAUAUUGCAAGCAAUAUACUAAUAGUAGAGACAAUAUUUAUAAUAGUAAAUAAAUUAGUAAUAAGAAUACUUUAUGAACGAUCUUUAACAUCCUUUGUCUUCUAAUAAAAGCUUAGAUUAAUAAAAUGCUAAAUCAACUGUGAAAGACCAUGCAAAAGUAUCUAUGAAUGCAUCAUAUAUUAAUUAAAUAUAGCAAAAUCAAGUACAAGUUAGUGAUAUGGAAAAACCAUAAGGAAUUUUUUAAUAUUGCUUUGGGUUCAGCUUGUUAUUUCAGAUAGUUGGAACAAUUAUUGUUUUAAUUAACCUUAUCUUGCAAAUCUUUGAAUACGAUUAUGACUCAUUAACUCUUGGGCUUUAAAUAGGAUUUUUUGUCUUCUCCAUACUUUCUGUUAUUACAUAUAUCUAUUUAUGCAGUGAAGCAUCUUAAUGGGAGCCUUUAAAUGUUUUUAACUCAAUAAGAUUAUCUUUUAUAUUUACUUUGAUUAGCUUUGGCAUAGGAGUAGCUAUUUUCAAUAUAUUUACAACAAAAAGUUGGGAUUGCUCUACCAAUUAAAAUUGUUAAUAGUAAAUAAAUCAAUAAUCAUCAAGUAACCAAACAAUCUAAUCUAAUUGCUAAUAAAAAUUAUCUAAUUCAACAUGUUACGAAUAAAGAAUUGCUUUAUUAAUGAAAUAUAUUAUCUUAAUUUGUUGUGGAGUUCCACUUAUUUUAAUGGCAAUUAGCAUAUACAAAUACAACCAAUAUAAAAAAAAAUCAAAAGAAGAAAACGAAAAAUAACAUGAACUCUAAAAUAGUAGUGUGUAAUAAGUUAUUGAAAACAACUAAAACUUUUUCUCAAAUCGCUAAAAAUUAAUUUACAGUACAGAUCUAGAAACUAGCAAAUACGCCUACUCCAGUAAUGCUAUGGCUAACCCCUAGCAAAUGAGUAAUUUAAGUGGAGGUUCAAACUAAAAAAAUAGAGUAUAAAUGAGUAGAUAAGUUUAUGAAUUAAAUAAUGAACAGCUAUGA